AUGGCUCCGACUCCUCUGGAUUUGGAAAACCGUCCAAUCCCAGAACCAGGUCCUAAUGAGGUCCUCCUGCGCAUGCAUUCCGUUGGGAUCUGUGGCUCUGACGUUCACUACUGGCAGCACGGUCGAAUCGGGGAUUUUGUUGUCAAGGAUCCCAUGGUGUUGGGACACGAAGCUUCCGGGACUGUCGUAAAAGUGGGCUCUGGGGUGACUCAUCUGAAACCAGGCGACCGUGUGGCCAUCGAGCCGGGUGUCCCAAGGGAAAUGGAUGAGUUCUGCAAAACUGGGCGCUACAACCUGUCCCCGACCAUCUUCUUCUGUGCGACACCCCCCGACGACGGGAACCUGUGCCGCUACUACAAGCACAGUGCAAGCUACUGCUACAAGCUUCCAGAUAAUGUCACCUUUGAGGAAGGAGCCCUUAUCGAGCCACUCUCGGUGGGAAUCCAUGCCUGCAAAAGAGCGGGAGUCACUCUGGGAAGCAAAGUCUUCGUGUCUGGCUCUGGACCAAUUGGCCUCGUUAAUGUGAUUGUUGCUAAGAUGAUGGGUGCAGCAGCCGUGGUAGUUACAGACUUGUCUGCCUCUCGCCUGCAAAAAGCCAAGGAGGUGGGAGCAGAUUUCACCAUUCAGGUGAAGAAUGAGUCCCCGCAGGAGGUGGCCUCCAAAGUGGAAAGUGUGCUUGGCUGCAUGCCUGAGAUAACUGUGGAGUGCACAGGAGCACAAGCCUGUAUCCAGGCUGGAAUUUAUGCCACUCGUUCUGGUGGGACCUUGGUUCUGGUGGGGCUGGGGCCUGAGAUGGUGACGGUGCCCAUUGUGAACGCUGCUGUGCGGGAGGUGGAUAUCCGUGGGAUAUUCCGCUACUGCAACACGUGGCCUGUGGCCAUUGCUCUUCUUGCAUCCAAGAGGAUCAACAUUCAGCCCUUAGUUACGCACCGUUUUCCCCUGGAGAAGGCUCUGGAGGCCUUUGAGACCACCAAGAGGGGUGAGGGGGUCAAAGUCAUGCUGAAGUGUGACCCCACCGAUCAGAGCCCCUGAGCUGUCCCAGUGCCCGGUGCUCAUCCCUGCUGCUUGUAACUAGAAAAUCUCUUGUAAUGAGCGUCAGCGGCACUGGGAAACAGCAUUAGAGCAUUAACUGGUAACCACAAAUGGACAUCCAAUAGCUUGAAUCAAAAUCCUAAAUCAGAGAUGGUGAUUUGUACAGUUGGUGGCUCUUCUUCACAGACCACAUGUGCCAGGGAGGGUGUCACUGGCAUGUGGCACAGCAAGGGUGGAGAUGCUGGCACUCCCCCUUCCCAUCCCACACUGCCCUGGCUGCAGCACUUCCUGCAUGGCAAUCCCUGGAUGCCAGGUAGCCCUGUAUGAAUAUUCCUCCUUCCCUUGUGGGUGCUCAGGGACUGUACAGCCUGUGGAAAAAAGCCUGGCCCUCCCCACUCCAUGGGAAGCACUGGCACAUUCAGGGCACUCUUCUCAAAACUCAGAACCGGGGUUUUUUUGAAACUUGGAGGUCAGCUGGGACCACGUCUGCUGUGUCACCCCCCAGCAGCUCCUCGUGGGAGCACUGCAGGCAGGGAGACUGGGACUGCUGAGAGUCCUGUCCUUAUGUGCCUCCUGUGAAGGGGCUGUUGGGGGGCACAGCUGCUUUUGAUGUGAAGGGGAGCACAGGUGAGACGUGAGGGGACAGCAUCACUCAAAGGUUUUACCACUGUGAACAGCUCAUAAUUAAUUUAUUUAAUAAUUUAAUAAUUAAAUAACUCAUAAUUUGGGAGUAUCAAGCCUUCCUGCUGAGUUUGUGAGCCACAAACAAGGUACUAACAAUGUAGCAAAAGUCUAAUCUUUGAUUACAGUCAUGUUAAUUUUAGUACUGAGAGAUCAGUUCCUUCCUUGGGCUGGAACUGAACUUUCCUCAAUAAAUUCUGGCUGCCUGAGACCUUC